GCAAUAACAACUAAUAAUAAUUUUAAAACAUAAAUAUAAUUUAUACAUAUAUAUACAUUUAUACAUUUUAAAAAAUAUCUCUUUUUAUAAAAAAAAAAAUUAAUAAAAUAAAAUAAAAAAUGGAAGUAGAAAGUAAUAAUAAUAUUAUAAACCAAAAAAAUGAAAUUAGAAAAGAAUGUUUACAGAUUUCAUAUGAAAACCCUGAUACAUUUAUUAGAUACUUACCAAAGGAUAUAGAAAAGUACAACGAAAAUGAAAUUAGAGACUUUUUAUUAAAGGUAUACCAUGAGAAUAAUAACAGCCAAUGCAAAGCCAAGAAUAAAAUAGACUUAUUAAAUAGAUAUUUAAUACCAUUAAAUAAAACCCAUCCACAAUUAAUAACCAACGAACUAAUUAAACAAGUAUUAAGUGACUAUGUACCAAUUGUAUUACCAAGAUCCAUUAUUGUAGAAAAUAAAAAUCAAGAUCUAUCAAGAUACUGGAACCUUUAUAUUAGCUUCAAUGUUGAUGGAUUUUUAGAGAAACUCGUACAGCAUUUAAAGCAACUCUAUCAAACUAUUAAAACCCCCAAUUUCGAACAAUACCAAUACAUGAUUAAAUACUAUAAAGCUGUAUAUCCAACCCUUAACAAGGAAAUGUUCGAGUUUAAAGAUUACUACUGUUCAAUGAUAAAUAACUAUUAUAAAAAUAAUAUCAACACUGCAGACCAUAAAAGCCAUGGAGAAAACUCAAUCAAAAUGAUGUUAGAAAUAUGGUACUCUUAUUUGUGUCUUUGUGGUGAUCAAAAUCAAAAUCAAUUGGAAUUUGCAACAUUUUUAACCAAACAACUCAAAGGUGUACAUUUAGUUGACUUUAUUUGUUUAUUCAAUAGAAAUUAUUUUGACAACCCUACCUUUAAUAUGGAUGCUUUUGUUUUAUUGGUGGCCUCACUAUUUGACAACAACGAUGAACAAAACAAAUCCUUUUUGCAAUCGUUCAAUGAUGAACACAAAAAAAGUACAUUAUUAGAAAUUUUUAAAAAUCCAAAAUUAAAUCAAUUUUCCAAAUUAUUAAAUAAAUAG